AUGUCUAUCUCGCAGUCCAACGAGGAACGCCUGAAGUCGAGGAAGCCCUUGCCCACUCCUCAACCAGCAUAUCUACCUACAGCCGGUUCGCCCUUGACAGUCAACCCAGAGUUGUAUCAAUCAAUUCAACAAAGUCCUCGGGAACUUGUCGAGUCGUUUGUCUUGCCUAUCCGUUCAGGUCGUGCUUGGAAGGCCCCAGCCAAGAGUAUUGUCCGAAUCAGCACGCCCGAAGGGCCUCAAGUUGGCGAUUUGAACAUCUGGAAUGCGAAUAACCCUCGCGAGAGGUUCUGGGCGUCGCGGACCAAACAGCUCCAUUCGUCCCACGUUACCACAUAUGAUCGCCUCUGGUCCUGCCUACCGUAUAUGCGUCCUCUGUGCACCAUCAUCUCUGAUUCUCUCUCCUGGUAUGGAGUGGAUGAGACCGGAGGUAGAGUCCACGACCUUCUAGGCACCAGAUGCGACCCGUAUAUCAACACCCUGCUCUCCGGACCUGAAGCAUCGUACGACUAUCAUUGUCACUCCAACCUCACAAGAGCUGUCCUGCCGUUCGGCCUCAACGAAUCAGAUAUUCACGACGUCAUCAACUUGUUCCAGGUAACGGGCCUGGAUUCGCGGGGGAGAUACUUUAUGAAUCCGUGUCCUGCUCAACCAGGCGAUUAUAUCGAAUUCUUUGCGGAGCAGGACCUCCUGAUGGCGCUGUCGACCUGUCCAGGUGGAGAUCUGUCCUUGUGGGGUUUCGGGAGUGACAGCGAGAAGGAAAUGAUCAAAUGCUGCCGCCCGCUCAAAGUCGAGGUGUUUGAACUGGUCGAGGAAAGCAGCAUUUUGGCGGGAAAGUGGCAAGAGGGCCGUCGUCCAGACUACCGGGGUGUCCAUGGCAUGACAGUGCCAGAAGGCGAAGUGAGAACAUAG